CUUGUGCACGGUAGACGGACUGUAAAUCGAUUAAAAUAUUUGUCAUCUUCAAACAUUAAACACUUUUAAUAGAAACGUUCUCUUGAUUUUAGUUGCUUAGAAAUGAGAGCUAAGUGGCGAAAGAAGCGUAUGCGUAGGCUAAAGCGUAAAAGGAGGAAGAUGCGUGCGAGGUCCAAAUAAACGGUACACGGCGCUUUAAUUACUUGUAGUAAUAUGCAGUUGUGUAUCAAAUAAAAAAAUCAGAAAAUCA